AUGAAUUUUUUGUUUUCGGCAACUUUAUCUGAGGCCAAAGAGAGGAGUGAAUUACGGCUACCGGAAGAAAUUUUGGAGGGUGAAAAUGCUGAGUGUUAUGCAAAUCAAAAACUGAAAUGUAGCUUUGAUAUAUCGCCUCCAACAAUUGAACGGGUCACAAAUGGUCAUUUUGUUUACCGCCAUGAACUUUCCAUUAUGCGGCACAUUGAACGUAUUCGUUCAGCGAGAACUGGACAGAAGUGGGAAGUGAACAACAAUUUUUCGGUUGGACCGACUAAAAAAGCGUUCUCUACCAGUUUAAGUUUUUGUAGGUCUUCAUCAGUUUCACCGAGAAGUUCCAAGAUGUUUGGAUGUACGUAG